ACAGUUGUCGUGGAAUGCACCAUCAAGACGGUCAGCUUUUACAAAUUCCAUGGAGUCCAAAACUGCAGCGAGAAGCUGGCGUCCCUUGGGAUUCGCCUGUCGAGAUUUGCCUCUCGAGUUUGCUCUGCCCGAGGCCAAACCCCUCGGGACUGCACCCCCCGUUCGGCCGCUUCAGCUGCACCCUGCCUUGGCUCUGCUUCGCCAUCCCCGCGAAAAGCCUUGCCCUGCCCGCUCUGGCUUCUCUCUCUGCCUAGUCGCCAGGUCCUGUCGGAUUGAAUGGCCUCUAUCCUGCAGAGUAGAUCCUUUGUGGGUUACACACGAUUCCUAGCCCAACCAUGCUGGUUGAUUGUGGAAUGCCCAUCGCAUCUUGCUCCUCAUCUCUAGUCUUCGUGGUCAUACUGCUCCAGGCGGAACUAGCUCCUCGUGACUCGUCAAGCAAGCAUCGAUUUCGGUUUUGAUUAGUCCAUUUUUUUUAACCCUUAUUCUUGCUUGGUCAUAGAUCGUGUCAUUCAAGGAGCCUCCAUCGCCGAUUCCUGAUUCCGUCUGUCCGCCGGUUAUUCCUGCAUCCGUAUCAACCUACAUCCUGAUUCAAAUCUGACUCAAAUCUGAAUCUGCGACGGAAUUGGUUUCUGAAUCUGAAUUCGUAACCAGUCUCGAGGGUUUGGAUCUCGUGCGUGUCGCACCGUCUGCGUGCCAUGGAGCGGUCGUUCCAGAGCGCACCGCACAGCACCAGCGCCAGCGGCUACAACCAGCCCUCAUGGCGCCAGGAGCCGACGGGAACCUUCGCGCAAGACGACAAACCGACAGAUUCGGCGACACAUCACGUCCGGGGCCCUGUGCGAAGCUUCAAAUCGUCGUCGCGCGACAAGAGUCGCGAGCGUCGCACGUCGCGCGAGCGCGGAGAGGAGCACAGUGCGAGGCACGAUUCUGGGGAGUACCGGCAACGGCACGCGCAGCAGCAGCCGCCGCAGCAGCCGCAGCGGGAGGAAGGCACGGACAGAUAUUACACGGCGUGGGAGGAGGACGAGCGCUAUCAGCUGCAGCAACCGCAGCAACAGCGGCGCGAGGAGCGGUCCCGCCAGCAUCGCCCGCACGGCGGACGUGCGCACACGAGCUUCCGCGCUGCGCCCGCGGGUGCGGAGGACGAGGCGGUGAAGGAAAGACCGAAUCAACGCGAGAGGCGGAGCGAGAGGGGGAGAACGAGCGAGAAGGAGUGGGGCUGGGAGGAGGAAAGCGGAAAACAGUGGGAGAAAGAUCGGAGCUUCGAGACGGGGAUUCCAGCAGGUGCGGACGAAGAAGAGGAGGAUCGGGCAGAGGAUCGGGCGGCGGAUCGGGCAGCGGAUCGGGCAGCGCGCGUGGAGAAGGAUCGCGAGGGCGCGAAAGACAAAGCGGCCGGCGGUCACGGCCCGUCGAGCGAGGAUGCGGGCGCGGGGUUGGAGGAAGGAGAAUUGUCGGAGGGGGAGAUCCCCCUGCAGGAUCGCGACGAAGGCGAGGGCGCGGACGCCGCCGGGGCGGAUGCGCAGCAGUCCGCGCAGGACGACCAGUUUGGGCGGAAUUCCGGAGCUGGAUUGGCGGCUAAGGAGCGCCGGCGGGAUCCGGAAGCGGGGAGGCGGAAUGCCGCAGAGAAAGAUGCGGAGGUGCCCGCGCGGGAGCAGCGUCGCUGGAGCGGGGGGUCGGCGGAUUGGGAGGAGCCGGGGGAGGAGGGGUGGAAAUUGCGCAUUCACGGCGAAGGAGGCAGUAGGGACGAGAAAGAGGAGGCGGAGGAGGGAGAGGAGGAGGAGGAAGAGGAGGAAGAGGGGCAGGUGGAUGCGAGGCAACCGCAUGACGGGCAGUGGUGGCGGGAGCAGGAGCAAGCGGGGCGCGAGAGCGACGAGCGGGAGCGCAAGGAGGGGCGGAAUGGCGAAGCCGUUGAGGCUGAGAGGGAGCGGCGGGGGCAGUGGGGGGAGGGGGAGCAGGGCGCGCGCGCGCGGCAGUCCCAGAGGACAUUCUCCCGCCGGCCGCUGGGUGAGGCGGAGAGAGGGCGGUCACACGGCGAGAUCGAGGAAGGAGGGGUCGAGCAGCACUGGCGGUCGGCCAAGGGAAGCAAGGGCGACGAUGCGAGCCCGGAGAGGCGGCACGAAGAGAGGCUCGAGGCCCGGGGUGCGCGGAGCGAGGAGCGGGAGGAUGCGGCGCAGGGGGAGGGCUAUGGGCAUGGGCACGAGCAUGGGCAUCGCCAUAAGAAGAAGCGCCAGAAGUCGAGGCAUGAGCAGGAGCACGAGCGCGAGGAGGAGGGGGAACGUGAGGGUGAGGAUGGGGAGAGGGAGCCUCGCGAGAGUAGGGUGUAUCGGGACAGCAGGCGAGGGUUUGGGGGCGACGCGGAUUACUAUGAUGGGCGGGGGGGCGGGGAGAGGAGGGAGAGGAGGCGGCACAGGGAGAGGGAGAGGCAGGGGAGGGAGGAGGGUGCGGAGCGGCAGGAGGGGCGGAUGACGCGCCGGUCAGGGUCGAGCGAGGUGAGGGCGGAAUCAAGGGAUAGAUGGUCGUCGCGAGAGAGAGGUGGGUCGAGGGAGAGAGGGGUGUCGAGAGAGAUGGAGAGUGGUGAAGAGAGGGAGUUGUUGAGAGAGAGGGGGUUGUCGAGAGAGAGGGGGGUGUCGAGAGAUAGGGGCGUGUCACGGGCCAAAGUAGCUUCUGCGUUUGAGCCCAAUGGCCCAUUGGCCCGUGCAGACAUGGAGAUUGCGCAGCAGCCAACGGCAGCAGAGGGCACCCGAGGAAUUAAUUCUUCUGCUGCGGCGCUGCCUGCUCCGGCUGCUCCUGCCCGUGUUGGUGUCGGUGUCGAUGGUCACGACACUGUCCCUGCUGCUGCUGCUGCUGCUGCUGGCAGUGGCGCUGUGAGCGGCAGUGCUCCAGCCAAGGCAGGGGAGGGUCACAGGCACCGGUCGCGCUGGCAGCCUGCAGAAGAGCCUGUGCUCGGGCAUGCGCCAAUUGCAGGAGCAGCCAUGGGUGCCAGCGUUCCUGCGCCUGGUAUGGCCGCUGCUGCUGCGGUUGGUGUUGCUGGGAGCACCGUUGCUCCUCCGAGUGCGGCUCUGGGAGCUGCACAAGCAGCGGGAGCGGGUGCAGGGACGUCAGAAGCCAGUGCGGCUGGUGGUGGUGCCGCUGCUGGUGGUGGUGGUGCAGGUGCUGCUGCCAGCGCGGAUGGCAAGGCAGGGAAGCGCAGGCGCAGCAGGUGGGGCCCAGCGGAAGGAGAAACGGAGGCAACAGCAGCAGGUGCAGGCGAGGAUGCAGGAGCAGCGACAGGAGGGGCAGCAGACGCGGGCGUUGGAGCGAACAACGCAGCAGGAACCCAGCGCAAGAGGAAGAGCCGAUGGGGUGACAGCGAACCCUCUGCAGCAGCAGCAGGAGCAGCCGCUGGUGUGUGCGGAGUCUCAAGCGCCGCUGCGGCCCUUCUCUCCUCCAUCAAGCUCCCAGAGUUUGUGCGGGAAAUCUCAGGCGAUCUCAACCCUGAGGUGCAAGCUCUCAACAUCCGCCUCCUGGAAAUCAACAAGAAGCUCCAGGCGGGGAAUCUCACUGGGGAUUCUGCUGCGGGGAUCGAAGGCGCCAUGGCUGCUGCGCUGGGGUUGACUGAGGAGCGGGCAGUGGAGAGGUCACCGUCCCCCGAGCCGAUAUAUGAUAAUAUGGGCGUGCGGAUCAACACGCGGGAGCAGAGGGCCAAGGAGAAGCUGAUGAGGGAGCGGCAGGAGGUGAUUGCGGAGAUGAUCAAGAAGAACCCGGGGUUCAAACCGCCUGCGGACUACAAGCCGCCGAAAUACUACAAGAAGCUGUUUAUCCCCAUGAAGGAGUACCCGGGGUAUAACUUCAUCGGGCUUAUCAUUGGGCCGCGCGGCAACACGCAGAAGCGCAUGGAGAGGGAGACAGGCGCCAAGAUUGUGAUCCGGGGGAAAGGGUCGGUGAAGGAGGGGCGGGCGGCGAAGGGCGGGCGGGAUUUCAAGCCGGACCCGGCGGACAACGAGGACCUGCACGUGCUGGUGGAGGCUGAUAGCGAGGCAGCUCUUAGUGAAGCAGCGGAUAUGGUGCAGAAGCUGCUGGUGCCUGUGGACGAGGGGCACAACGAGCACAAGCGCGCACAGCUGAGGGAGCUGGCGGCACUAAAUGGGACGAUCAGGGAGGAAGAGCUGGUGUGCCGGCUGUGCGGGGAGCAGGGCCACCGCCAGUACAACUGCCCUGAGCGGCACUCCACCUUCCGGUCUGAGGUCACCUGCCGCAUCUGUGGGGAUGGGGGGCAUCCUACUGUGGAUUGCCCCAUGAAGAGCGGAGGGGGAGGAGGGGGAGGGGGUGGGUCGGCGCAGGGGCAGAAGCUUGAUGAGGAGUAUAUGUCGUUCCUGGCGGAAGUUGGCGGGGGCGUGGGGGGACCGAUUGGGGGAGAGGGCGGGGAUGGUGGCGGGGGAGGGCGAGGGGGAGGGGAGGAGCGCGGAAGUGGAUGGGGAGGGGAGCGGGGAGAGAGGGGAGGCGAGCAGGGAGGAGGGGGUGGGGAGCAUGGCGGCGGUGGGGGGGGCAGGGGGUCGGGCCGAGUGGAAGACGACUGCAACCUGUACGUGGGGUACUUACCCCAGUCCAUGGACGAUGAGGGGCUAUACUCUCUCUUCGCCCCAUUCGGUCGCAUUAUCGAGACAAAGAUCAUCCGAGACCGCAACACGGGCAUGAGCCGGGGGUUCGGGUUUGUGCGGUUUGUGGACCGCCCGGCAGCCCUGGCGGCCACACAAGGGCUCAACGGGUACCGCACUGAGGGCAAAACCAUCGUCGUGCGGUCCACUGCUAAAAACCAGCAGGGCGGCGGUGCACCUGGUGGACCAGGAGGAGGUCCGGGAGGUCCGGGAGGGCCAGGAGGACCGGGAGGAGGAGGAGUUGGUGGUGGUGGUGGUCCGGGUCUUGGUCCUGGCGCUCCUGGCCAUCCUGGCGGGCCUGCUGGUCCCCAUGGGCCCUCUGGCCCUCCUGGACUGCCUGGCACUGGUGGCCCUGCUGGUGGUCCCCCCCCUCCCGGCCCCCAUGGUCCCCCGCCCCACAUGGGUCCGCCCCCUCUGCGCCCUCCCUACGGCCCCCCUCCCCCUUACCCACCCCCUGGCCCUGUGGACCCGUGCGCCCCUCCUCCCCCUUGGGCGCUUCCCCCUGGCGGCCCCCCACCCCCCUUUGGCCUCUGCGGCCCCCCUCCUCCCGGCAACGUCCCGCCUCCCUAUCCCCCGCCUCCUUUCCCCCCGUAUGGCCCAUCAGCGCCCCCCCCAGGCGGGUUCCUCCCCCAUGCGUUCCCCCCGGACUAUGCGCCCCCGCCUGGUGCGUACCCUGAUAUGGUGGGCCCGCCUGGCGUGUAUGAGGAUGUGGAAUUGCCCCCAGGGACUUCCACUCCCCCCCCUGGUGCAUCUGCUGCGGCUUUUGACGUGGGUGCAGCAGCAGAGCCCCCUCCGGGCAUGGAGCCUCCUUGCCCUCCUGCUCCCCUCUAUCCCCAUAUGGAUCCGGCAGCAGAAGCUGCAGCUGCAGCUGCUGCAGCAGCAGCAGCAGCAGCAGCAGGGGCUGUGCCACAACCCCCUUCAUGGGCUCCCACGUCUGCAGCAGCAGCAGCAGCCAUGGCAGCAGCAGUGUCAGCAGGUGCAGUUAAGGGUGGGGCGCACAUGGCGAGUGCUGCUCCGGGGCUGCUUGGUGGGGCGGGGAGCGAGGGAGCACCGGGAGGGGAGGGAGCUGCGGCGGCAGGUCAGAAUGAGUAUGCGCAGUUCAUGGCAGAAGUGGCAGCGGGCACUGGAGGGAGGGCAGGUGGUGGUGCACAGUGAGCAGGGAUGUGCUUUCCAUGGAUGGAAGAGUCAUGACCUCAAGGUUCGUGAAGCCUCUGGAGCCUCAGUGUGGAUCCACUGGUGUGAAGAAUCAGGUGGUGCUUCUGAUUACAAAGAGGAAAACAUGGAUUCAAGAACACAGCUGAAGAGCUGAUGUUUGUCAUGGUUCUUGCCAUCUGCACGGAGCUGACUGGCAUCAUCCCAGACCGUGUCAUGAUACCAGCCUCCUCUUGACCGUUGUGCCUUGUCUGUGGCUGUCAGUUCUUCUCAUUCUGUCCUGUCCACAGCAUCUCAUUGCUUUGUGUAGGCAGGCUCCAUGUAUGCUUCCUUUUCCCUUCAUGUGUGGACAUACUACAUUCAUGCAUGCAUGCACAUAUGGGGCACACACUUACAGCACUCUUGUAGUAGCGUUUCUUUCAUUAAAUGUUCUGUCAUCAC